AUGCCGAUCCAACAGCCCGCCAACCAGAUCAAACUGACCAAUGUAUCGCUGGUCCGAUACAAGAAGGGCAAGAAACGGUUCGAACUUGCGUGUUACAAGAACAAACUACUCGAAUACCGCUCGGGGACCGAGACCGACCUCGACAAUGUCCUGCAAGUGCCGACCAUCUUCCUGAACGCCUCAAAGGGCGAAACUGCCCCUAAUGCCGAACUCGUCAAGGCAUGGCCUAUGCCAGAAAAACAAGAAUCGGGAGGGAAAGGUGGUGGAAAGGGCGGUAAGAAGGGUAAGGGGAAAUCUACAACGGAUGAGGGGGAAGAUGAGAAGUCAUGGAAGGACGCCAUCAUUGAAGAAAUUCUGAAAAAGGGCGAGAUCCAAGUCAACGCGAACGAGCGCAAGGAACUGUUGGACAGGAUGGAGAGGGAGAUUGUGGAAGAAGUCGCCCAGAGACUGGUGGAUCCGCAGACAAAGAGAGUCUAUACCACAGGCAUGAUCAAGAAAGGACUAGACGUGCUCUCCAAACAGGGCGGUCAUGUUCCCUCUCAGGACUCCUUGGGCCACAAACUCGGCAAGCUAAAUCUGGGGGAAGGCGUCAAGAAGGGAGCUGCAGCGCCAAAGGGAUCAAGCGAAACGAGUGGACAAGCAACGCCAAUGACGGACGAAGACAAUGAGUCGGCGUCUGGCGGCACCCCCAAGGGCAGAAAGAGCGACAUGCCCUCAUGGACGGGGGUCGUGACCAACAAAUCUGUCAAACAGCAGGCUCUUGAAGCGAUCCGUGCCUUGAUCGCCUGGCAGCCCAUCCCCGUCAUGCGUGCGCGUAUGAGACUGCGGAUCACUUGCCCCACCAACAUCGCAAAACAAGCCGCAAAAUCCAAAGUCGCCAGUACAAGCGCAGACACUGGCGAAGACGCCGGAGCCGACCAGGGCAAAGGCACUAUCAAGGAUCGCAUUUUGUCCUUUGUCGAGCAGGUCGAGAGCCAGGAAGUGCUGGGUGAGGAGUGGGAAGUGGUCGGAUUCGUGGAACCGGGCGCGUUUAAAGCCCUGGGAGAGUUUAUUGCCGCCGAAAUGAAGGGAAGAGGGAGGCUGGAAGUGCUGGAUAUGGCUGUUACCCAUACAGACGAUUGA